UGACCGCCUUACCUCUCUCAUGACCUAGUCGGCCUCAUCCUUGCGUAUAAAUCAAACCCUUGCGACCUCAACUCCUUCACAAAUCAGUUUCCGAAAUUCGAUAAAUCAAAUUCUCUCUCAAUCUUCUCAAAUUCUCUCUCAAUCGCAAGUUUCAAUCAAGAUGCAGAUAUUCGUGAAAACUCUCACAGGAAAGACCAUCACCCUCGAGGUGGAAAGCUCCGACACCAUCGACAACGUUAAGGCCAAGAUCCAGGAUAAGGAAGGCAUCCCUCCGGAUCAGCAGAGGCUUAUCUUUGCCGGGAAGCAGCUUGAGGAUGGAAGGACUCUAGCAGACUACAACAUCCAGAAGGAGUCUACCCUUCACUUGGUGUUGCGUCUACGUGGUGGUAUGCAGAUCUUUGUCAAGACAUUGACCGGAAAGACUAUCACUUUGGAGGUGGAGAGCUCCGACACUAUUGACAACGUUAAGGCUAAGAUCCAGGAUAAGGAGGGUAUCCCACCGGACCAGCAGAGGUUGAUCUUUGCCGGCAAGCAG